GAUCGAGCAUUUUUCUCGAGCUCCAUGGCCUCUCGGCCCCCUGGGCGGCCAGCCUGGCCGGGGGCUGACCCCGGUCCGCCGGCGGAGGGGUGGGCGGCGCGGUUGGGGGCCCGGCUGGAGCCCCCCGCCCUGCUCCUGCUGCAGCUGCUGCAGUCCGGACCUGGAGGAGUAUUGGGGGCUCUCAGGGCCCUGCAGAGGCUCCGGGCCGGGGGCUCCGAGCGGCCCUUCUGCUGGGGCCCCUUCCUGGAGGCGCUGAGCCGAGAGGAGCCCGUGCUCGAGGGGCCCGACCGCCGCCUGGAGCUGAAGCCGCUGCUGCUGCAGUUGCCCCAGCUGUGCCAAAGGAACCUCUUGUCCUUACUGUUAGCCGUACAUACUGAGCUUCCCAGGAGUGGACUUCUCCUUGUACUCCAGGCAGCCAAGCGUGACCCUACCCAGGAUGGCUGGCUUUGGGCUUUGGGGGAAUUGCUCCAGAGGGAGCUGACUACAGAUGAGGAGAUCAAGGAGGCCUCCCCGCUGACACAAGGGUGCCGGGAACGGCUCCGGAGCCUUUGUGGACGUGUGGGCAGAGGAUUGAGGCUAAGCUGUCCCCUGGACCUCAAGGAGACUGAGGACAUGGGCACUCAGCGUCCUGGCAAACGCAGGAAGGAGCCUGAAGCGGAGCCUGAGGGCUCUGAGAGAGAAGCGCUUCCUAAGAGACUUCGAUCCCUGGAAGGGAAAGGAGAGAAAGAAGAGGAGCGGCAACAGCUCCAGGAGACCGCCACAGAUGAACAGGAACCAACCGUGUGUGGGGGCAGCCCUGACCAGCCCGUUGUGGAAGCAGCCAGCAGCAGGGCCAAUGACGGGCGGCGGGAGAAGCUGGCUGAGGUUCUGGAGUUACCCAGAGGCAUCAAGAACCAGGUGCCCCAAGUGCUCGAGCUGCUGGAAACUGAAUGGGAGGGCCUAGAGGGAAUGCCACCCCUUGAGCUGCAGUUUCUCCACGAGUGCAGCCCCAACCAGCUGGAGAACCUUUGUGCACAGCUGCGGCUCUCCCGGCUCUCGGACACGGCCCUCCUGCAGUUCUGCAACCGGCUUCUGGCACUCUCGCCGGACCUCAGCUGUAGCAGUGCCACCAUACUUGUGAGGAACCUUUUUCUUGAGCAGGUUCUUUCCCUGACAUCUUCAGCCUCUCGUCUGUUGAGAGCUGCCAUAACUGCAUUCGGUGCCAGAUAUCCUCACCCUGUCUGCAGAGGCCUCGUGAUUCCAGCAUUACAGGCCACGGUCUCAGGCCCCACACAGACAGAGCUUCUUUGUUACCUGCUGGAGGGGGAUGCUCUGGAGCUGGGCUUGCUGGUGCUGGUGUUAAAACAGAUCUUGGAGUUGCCCUGGAGAGAAGAGACCUUCACAGUGAUGCAGUCCCUUCUAGGGCGGCAGGUGGACCUGUCCCCAGAGAACUUCAGUGUCUUAGUGCAAAAGCUGUCUCGUGAAGGCCUGGCUGCUGCUGAUUCUGUGGACUAUGCCAAGCUGGUCCUGACGGUUGUGACAAAGUACCAGGAUCAGAUUACAGAGGCCCACAAAGUCUACCUGGCUUCUGCAAUUGAGUUAAACACCACCUUCCUGAAAAAACCUCUGCAGGCUGCCCUAAGACGUGUGACCUCUUGAGGUACCUCCCCCACUAGUUUCCUGAAGAACAUCUACCUCAGCCUUCACCUGCCUUCACUGCCAGCCCUCUGGUAGAGAAAGAACAGCCAGACAAGUUUGCCUGCCCAUCCCAGUGGCUACUCCUGAAUGCUCAGAGGUCAGCUCUGACCCUCUUCUCCUACAGUACAAAUGGUGGGUCCAGGAAGAUGGAGAAGGAAGAAAUGGAAACGAGUUAGAGACUAACUUGGGGGUGUGUGGCGGGGUGCUCUUACCAACUUAGGGAAGUCAGAGUUGUUUCAGCCAAGUCUGAACUGAGCACAUGGCUACCCCGAGAUGUCUACCACCCCCUGUAGAGUUCCCUCGCUGUCAGUUGUGCUGAAGCCUUGGGGAAGUGGACCCAAACAGAGGCUCAGGGUUGCUGGGUUUAAAAAAAAUUAUUUAAUUUUUAAACUUUAUUGAUUUGUCUACAUCACCUACAUUUCCCCAUAUAUACCUCUUUUCUACCCCUCCCUGAGAGACAUUCCUUUUAACAUAGAAUGACAAAGAGGAAAAACAACCAGUUCAGCAAAACUGACCGACACAUCCAGUCCAUUACCUGUGGUUUCCCCCACCCGUAGCACCCUGUUUCUACAAAGAAGAGAGGGAGAUUCAUUUCUCAUCUCUUCUUUGGAGGCAGGCUUGGUCAUUUUAAUUUUAUGCAUUCAAUUUCUGUGGUUUUGUUGCUUCUAUUUCCAUCUACAUUGUAGUCAUUUUAUGUAUUUUCUUGUUCCUGCUUAACUUCACUCUGCUUAGUGUAGCUCUUUCCAUCUUUCUCUGUAUUCAUCAUAUUCCAUUACCUUCAUGAACCACAAUUUGUUUAGCUAUUCAUCAAUAGGUGCUUACUUUGUUUCUAGUUCUUUGCUACUGUGAAAAGCGAUGCAAAUAUAAUUAUUUUGGUGUAUAUGAGGCCUUUCUUUUUAUCACUGACUUUCUUAGGGUAUAUAUAUCUGUCUUUAUGAGUCCAGGAUAGCUGGUAUGGAAAUCGGGGAGGGGAAAGAUGGAUUAGACCAGAGACCUGAACUUGUGAGAUAGAUGAUGCAAGUAUUGUCACUCUCAUUGAGGAAACUGAGGCUCAGGGGUGAAGUAAAUAAUCCAAGUCUCUUACAUGCCCAGUGAUUUUCUUUUUAAUUUUUUAAAUUCUGAACUUAACAAACAGCAAAUAAGAUGUUCAUUUCCACGUGUCGGUAGUGUCAAAUUCAACAGAAAUGGGGCCCACUAAACCAUAUAUACAGAUCCCUCCAGGCUUCAUAUUGACUUAGAAAACCACGGUAAUAUUAUAUAUGUUUUAUUGUAUUUUUAUUUGUUUUGUUAAAUAUUUCCCUGUUACAUUUUAAUCUGGUUCCAGCAUGCUCUGGAGUGUUGUGGGUCACAUACAGGCUACAUGUUUGAUGCCUCUGCUGUAUACAAAGUAGAUCAGAUAAAGAGGAUUGUACUUGAAACCAUGACUUUCUUACAACUUGUAUUUUUCCUACACACAUAUAUAAUAAAUUCAGUAUAUUACUUUCAAAA